GCUAACUGCUAAACAUAUGCAGUGCCCGGAGAAGCUACAGCUGUUUCGAGCAUUUUUUCUGUUUUAAUCAGCAAACCCGUAAAUUAACCCUCCGGUAGUGGUGUCACGUGGGCAGCGGCCCGGCCCGUGAUUGGAGGACGGUGUUCUUCAUGCACACGUCCUCGCUGUUCUACAAGAGCACGUUUGAUUCCCUGACAGCUCGCUCCGGGGAAAAGGGUCGAGGGGGGGUCUCCCAGAGGUUUGGACCAAAGCUGCAGAGGAAACUAGAACACUUUGACUUUUCUUCUUAAUGCAUUAAGUGGGGGCUGAUUUUAGGAACCACGAUGGAUUCGAGGUCAUUCGACGUCGACGCGCCGCGAUGGGAUCAGUCGACGUUCAUGGGCCGACUCAAUCACUUCUUCAACGUCACGGACUGGAGAACCGUGGUGCUGCCCGACUCGCGCCUGGAUGAGGCCAAAGCUUUAGUAGCACAAUGCAGGGGGGGCUCCGUCCCUCCCGGCACCACCGAGGAGCAGCUCCACUACGCCAAGAAGCUGUACGACUCGGCCUUCCACCCCGACACCGGGGACCGCAUGAACCUCAUCGGCCGCAUGUCCUUCCAGGUGCCCGGAGGCAUGGCCAUCACCGGCUUCAUGCUGCAGUUCUACAGAACAGUGCCUGCUGUGGUGUUCUGGCAGUGGGUGAAUCAGUCCUUCAACGCUUUGGUCAACUACACGAACCGUAACGCCGCCUCCCCCAUCACCCCCAAGCAGAUUGGGGUGGCCUACGUCACCGCGACCAGCACCGCGUUGGCAACCGCAGUGGGACUCAACCUCUACACAAAGAAAGCUCCUCCUCUCGUGGCUCGCUGGGUCCCGUUUGCAGCCGUGGCCUCUGCAAACUGCGUCAACGUCCCCAUGAUGAGACAACAGGAAAUUCUGAACGGUAUUGCAGUCACGGACGAGAAUGGCAACAAACUGGGCCACUCCACGAGAGCAGCGGUGAAAGGCAUCACGCAGGUGGUCGUCUCUCGGAUCACGAUGGCUGCACCAGGCAUGAUCAUCCUGCCCAUCAUCAUGCAGAGGAUGGAAAAAUACAAGUUCAUGCAGAGAAUCACGGUUCUCCACGGGCCCCUUCAGGUCCUGUUGGUGGGAGGGUUUUUGGUCUUCAUGGUGCCGGCUGCCUGCUCCCUGUUCCCUCAGAGAUGCUCGAUGGACGUGUCCAAGCUGGAGCCCCAGCUGAGAGACUCCAUCGUGUCUCGCUAUGGAGACGCUGUACAACGCGUCUACUUCAACAAAGGCCUCUGAGGCCGCUCGCCACGCUGGAUCAAAUAAAGAUGUGGUUGCGUAACAAUUCUUCAUUUUCUAAUUAUUCCGAGAUCAGCCAGGCCCCUUAUUUCUUAUCCAUUUAGUCGGUUUGAACCAUGUUAAUCCAUUAAACCGACACCUCUGUAGCGUCGCCUCUCUGGAAAGUACCUCCGUAAGUUUGUCCUUCGUGACUCUUUGGUUGGCUUUCUGUUUACAAUCUGUGCCUUUGUCAAAGGGAGAAACUACACUGCUGUAAUCCUUUAAAGCAGAAAAAUCCUUCUAUGCAAGUUUUGUGCGAUUGAGAAGUCGAGGAUCCUGCCCUCUUUAUUAGAGAGGUUCAUGUGUGUCACACAGUCAUCAGUGGAAGCUGGAAUAAAACCACAAGUAUUUGGAAUGUUGAA